AUGAAUGAUAAUGGAACAAUUGAAAAUAAUAUAGAUACAAUUAAAAUAAAUUCAAAAAGAUUAAGAGAAAAAAAAUGUGAACAUAAAAAUGAUUUAGAUGAUAAUAUAAUAAGAAAUGAUAUUAAAGUUAACUUAUAUGUGAACAACAUAAAGGAUAAAGAAAAAAAGAAUACUAUUUUGAGAAAUAGAUGUAGUGAAAAAAAAAAUGGUAAGGAUUUAAGGACAUACAAAAAUACUAGAGUAAUUAAAAAAAGUAAUAAAAAACGUACUAAAGAAGAAAAUAGUAAAAAUAUAAAAGGUAAUAAUGAAAACAUAAAAAAAAAAAAAGAAAAUUACAGUAAUAAAAGUAAGAAUGAAAGAAAAGAAAAUAGAAAAAAUGAAAAUAAUGUAAACACAGAUAAAAAAAAUAAUAUUAAUAAGAAAAAACAAAUUAAUAAAAAUUCUAAAAUUAAUAAAAAGAAAAUUAUGAAAGAUAGUAAUAGUAAUACUAGAAAUAUUAAAUUAUCUUGUGAAAAAAACUUUUAUAAUACUUCUAAAAAAAAGGAGAAAGAAAAAGAAAAAGAAAAAGAAAAAGAAGAAAAAAGGGAAAGGGUGAGAGAAAAAGAAAAACAAAGCAAAAAUGUUUGUGGUAAAAAUGUUUUUGUAAAGUUAUCUGAUAUAAAGAAAAAAUUAAGUCAAUAUACAAAAAAAAAAAAAAAAGAAAAAGAAAUAAUCGAAGUAAUAAGUGAUAAAGAAUAUGAAAUAUAUACAAGUGAGAAUAAAAAAAAAAAAAAAAUUAAAGUAAGUUAUAAUAAAAAUACUAAAAAUAUAAGUGAAGAAAAUAUAAAUGGUUGUAGAAUUAAAAAUAAUGAAAAUAAAAACAAAAAUCAAAAGGAUAUAUUUAAUACUUUUGAAAUAAAUGGAAUAGAAAUUAAGAAUAAUAAAUAUAUUUGCAAAUUUAAAGAUAAAUUAAAUAAAACUCAUAAAUAUUUUUUUCCAAUAUAUAAAUAUGGAGAUGAAAAAACUGCAAAAAAAAAAGCUAUUUUACUAAAAUUUCACAUGUAUUCUUGCUUGUAUUGUCAGAAUGGGAUACUUUGUAAUUUUGUAGAAAAUUAUAUAUCAUAA